GCCGUGGUUUCGAGUGGAACAGGGAAACAACCUCCGCCGACCUUUCUUUCAAUCCUGUAAUCCGUCUGCGUAGGGUGUGCUCUGGGGCUAGUCUCGGCACACAUUUUAUUAUGAAACAAACCAAAAGCUAGAGAGCACACGCAGACAUAUUUUUAUAAGAAAAACAAAAAUCGGUGAAGCAGGAUUUGAUUUGCCAACUCAAGCAACGCGAAGAAGACGCUGCCAACGGAUAAGAAAGAAAGACUGAACGAGAAGAACGUUAGCAAGCUAAGCUGUUAGCCUCAUUGUUGAAAGCGUGGGCGAUUAACUUUAGCCAGUUGAGACGUAGCCUGAGAACACGCUUCGCCAGCCAUGAAUCCCAGCGCGCCUAGCUACCCGAUGGCCUCCCUGUAUGUGGGAGACCUGCACCCAGACGUUACCGAAGCCAUGCUAUACGAGAAAUUCAGCCCGGCUGGACCCAUCCUCUCCAUUAGAGUAUGCAGAGACAUGAUCACCCGUCGCUCCCUAGGCUAUGCCUAUGUGAACUUCCAACAGCCAGCUGACGCCGAAAGAGCUUUGGACACCAUGAACUUUGAUGUAAUAAAAGGCAGGCCUCUCCGUAUCAUGUGGUCUCAGCGUGACCCCUCACUGAGGAAGAGUGGGGUGGGAAACAUCUUCAUCAAGAAUCUGGACAAAUCCAUCGAUAACAAGGCCUUGUAUGAUACAUUCUCUGCAUUUGGAAACAUCCUGUCCUGCAAGGUGGUUUGUGAUGAAAAUGGCUCAAAGGGUUACGGCUUUGUGCACUUUGAGACCCAUGAAGCUGCUGAACGGGCCAUUGAGAAAAUGAACGGCAUGUUGCUCAAUGACAGAAAAGUAUUUGUUGGACGAUUCAAAUCGCGUAAAGAGAGGGAAGCUGAGCUUGGAGCACGAGCCAGAGAGUUUACUAACGUUUAUAUCAAGAACUUUGGCGAGGACAUGGAUGAUGAGAAGCUGAAGGAGUUGUUUAGCAAAUAUGGGCCUGCCCUCAGCAUCCGGGUUAUGACUGAUGAAAGUGGCAAAUCCAAGGGAUUUGGCUUUGUCAGCUUCGAGAGGCAUGAAGAUGCCCAGAAGGCUGUAGAUGAAAUGAACGGUAAAGAACUGAAUGGCAGGCAAGUCUAUGUGGGCCGUGCACAGAAGAAAGGGGAGCGGCAGAAUGAGCUCAAACGCAAAUUUGAGCAGAUGAAACAGGAUCGCAUGACCAGAUAUCAGGGUGUCAAUCUGUAUGUGAAGAACCUGGAUGAUGGCCUUGAUGACGAGCGUCUGCGCAAAGAAUUCUCCCCAUUUGGCACCAUAACAAGUGCUAAGGUGAUGAUGGAGGGUGGACGGAGCAAAGGCUUUGGCUUUGUGUGCUUCUCUUCUCCAGAAGAGGCCACUAAAGCUGUAACAGAGAUGAAUGGGCGUAUUGUGGCUACAAAGCCACUGUAUGUGGCCCUUGCCCAGCGGAAAGAGGAGCGUCAGGCUCAUCUAACCAACCAGUACAUGCAAAGGAUGGCCACUGUUCGAGCUGUGCCCAACCCUGUCCUUAACCCAUACCAGCCUGCUCCACCUUCAGGAUAUUUCAUGGCGGCUAUCCCUCAGGCUCAGAACCGUGCUGCAUACUACUCUGCCAACCAGCUGGCCCAGCUGCGCCCCAGCCCCCGUUGGGCUACUCAAGGAGUGCGUCCUCAGCACUUCCAGAACAUGCCCAAUGCUAUGCGCCCAACAGCACCCAGGCCUCAGGCCUUAAACACCAUCCGUGCAACCGCCACCACCAACACCCAGGUCCCACGCAUGAUGGCUUCUCAGCGUAUGCCCACACAGGCGCUCAACCAGCGCCCUGCCAAUGCUUCAGCCGCCGCAGCCCCAGUGCGUGCCAUGCCCCAGUACAAAUAUGCUGCUGGUGUGCGCAACCCUCAGCAGCACAUGGCCUCCCAGCCACAGGUCACCAUGCAGCAGCCGGCAGUCCAUGUCCAAGGACAGGAGCCUCUAACUGCCUCCAUGCUGGCUGCAGCCCCACCUCAGGAACAGAAGCAGAUGCUGGGUGAGCGUCUGUUCCCUCUGAUCCAGAACAUGCACCCCAGCCUGGCUGGCAAGAUCACUGGUAUGCUGCUGGAGAUUGACAACUCAGAGCUGCUUCACAUGCUUGAGUCACCUGAGUCGUUGCGCUCAAAGGUGGAUGAGGCUGUUGCUGUGCUCCAGGCCCACCAGGCCAAGGAGGCUGCUCAGAAGUCCUCCACCCCUGCUGGUGUUCCCAGCGUCUAAGAUCGAGCAUUUUGAAACCUGCUUCACCGAUGGAAAAAGAAAAAAAAACUUAAACAUU